GUUAAAGAACUUGUUCUUGACAACUGUAGGUCAUACGAAGGCAAAAUCGAAGGCCUUACAGAUGAGUUUGAAGAGCUGGAAUUCUUAAGUACAAUCAACGUAGGCUUAACCUCAGUUGCAAACUUACCAAAGUUAAACAAACUUAAGAAGCUUGAGCUAAGCGACAACAGAAUCUCAGGAGGACUGGAAGUGUUGGCAGAAAAGUGUCCGAACCUCACGCAUCUAAAUCUAAGCGGCAACAAAAUAAAAGAUCUCGGUACAAUAGAACCUCUGAAGAAGCUAGAAAACCUGAAGAGUCUAGAUCUUUUCAAUUGCGAGGUAACCAACUUGAACGAUUACAGAGAAAACGUAUUCAAGCUCCUCCCGCAACUCACAUACCUCGAUGGCUACGACCGGGAUGACAAAGAGGCACCAGACUCUGAUGCAGAGGGCUACGUGGAGGGCUUAGACGACGAGGAGGAAGAUGAAGAUGUGAAAGAUCGGGAUGACAAAGAAGCACCAGACUCUGAUGCAGAGGGCUACGUGGAGGGCUUAGACGACGAGGAGGAAGAUGAAGAUGAAGAGGAGUAUGACGAUGACGCUCAGGUAGUAGAAGAUGAAGAAGAUGAGGAGGAAGAGGAGGAAGGAGAAGAGGAGGACGUGAGCGGAGAAGAGGAGGAGGAUGAAGAAGGCUACAACGAUGGGGAGGUAGAUGAUGAUGAAGAUGAAGAAGAGCCCGACGAAGAACGGGGACAGAAGAGAAAACGAGAACCCGAAGACGAAGGGGAUGAAGACGACUAA